UGUUUACUUGACCUCACGGGUUAAUGUUAUAGUCCUCAGAAACCACGGCGAUAGCGAAUUUAUUUACAUUGCAGCGUACCUUGAACCUCUCUUCAACAAUAAUUGAUCGAACAUGCACAGGCAAGGAGACGAGACAAAGUUCAUGUAGGCUACAACAGUAGUAAAUUUCUGGGCGAUUCGUACACCCGCGCAUACGUUAUUAACUCACACCAUAUGGCAAGAGAAUUUGCGGUGUGCUGUUAAUUCACAUACCGUGCAGACUAUACGAAUACGGAGUUGAUAUAGGCCCUAUUCGGAUUAUUAUUCCACAUCAAAGUGCGCGUAGCUCAUGUAUUUCUGAAAGCCACUGCCCAUCGAAGUGAAAGUUUAUAGCCUAUGUUUAUAUUUUUUCUUAGAAAAAACUUCAAUUGCAGAAAUAGUCCAGAAUGGCAAUGUCGCUCGGUCAAGCUCAAGAAGAUGCAUCUACGAAGGUGGAGUUAACAGUGUCUUGCAGCAAUUUGCCUAAGGGCCUAUAUUCCACGUCGGAUACUUUUUGUGUCAUGCGCACAAGAGAAGAGGAAGGGCCUUUUCGAGAGUUUGGAAGAACAGAAGUGAUAUGCAACAAUCUCAAUCCAAAGUUUUUCAAGAAGUUUGUGAUUGAUUACACCUUUGAGGAAAAACAGUUCCUCGGAUUUACCUUGUACGAUAACGAUUCCACAAGCCCAAACCUCGAUAAACAUCGUUGCCUUGGCGAUGCUGAUUGUACUCUUGGUGAGAUCAUGGGAUCAAAAGGUUGUAAAUUCACAAAACAUCUAAGAUUAAAUGAGGACUCUGGGUCAAUUACAAUCCAAGGCGAAGAGCUGAGCGAUUGUCAGGAUAUGAUAACGUUGCAGUUCAAAGGGGACAAGUUGGACAAGAAAGGUUUCAUCAGCAAAUCAGAUCCCUUCUUAGUCUUCCACAGAUGCAACGAGGAUGGAAGCUUCACAAUCUGUCAUAAGACGGAGUACAUCAAGAGAACGCUCAGUCCACGAUGGAAGUCAAUUAACAUCAUGUUGAGAACGCUGUGCAACGGAGACAAACACAGGACCAUCAAGGUGGAGUGCUUUGAUUGGAACCAAAAUGGCAGCCACAAUUUGAUUGGUGCGUUUGAAACCAGCGUGACUGAAUUGGUAAAGGGGCCUGGUCUGCCUAAUGUUUAUCCGCUGAUCCAUCCCAAGAAGCAAGCCAAGAAGAAAUCCUACCGUAAUUCUGGUCUGAUCACACUCUUCAGCUGCAAGAUUGAACCUCACGCUCGGUACUCUUUCUUGGAUUACAUCCGGGGAGGUUGCCAACUCGCCUUCACUGUCGCUAUCGAUUUCACAGCCUCCAAUGGUGACCCUCAACAGCGCUCAUCUCUCCAUUACAUCAAUGCAGUCCACAACCAAUUUGAAUCUAACGCUUACUUGAGGGUGUUGCAGGCAGUUGGUGAGGUCGUUCAGGACUAUUCUCAUGAUAAAACCUUCCCAGCCUUCGGCUUCGGUGCUAGAAUCCCACCCAGGUCUCAAGUCCAGCAGCAGUUCUCCUUGAACGGCAAUCCAGACGACCCUGUGUGUGUUGGCGUAGAGGGCGUAGUAACAGCGUACAAAGAGAUGUUACCUAAGGUGAGGCUAGAUGGCCCCACAGAGUUUGCUCCAAUCAUCAACCAAGUGGCAAGCUUUGCCGAAGCCAAGCAAGAUGGUUCCGAGUACCUCAUCCUGCUCAUCAUAACCGAUGGAUGCGUCUGUGACAUGGACAACACAAAGGAAGCCAUUGUCAAUGCAGCGCAGCUUCCCAUGUCAAUCAUAAUUGUUGGAGUGGGUGACAGAAAAUUCACAAGCAUGGGAGAGUUGGCUGGGAAGGAGGUCCGAGUUUCCUCAAGAGGGCGCUUUGCUGAGAGAGACAUCGUACAGUUUGUUCCUGUCAAACAGUGUGAGGGAAGAUACAUUGACAUUGCGUAUGCCAUAAGGCAGGAGCGUUUCGCCAAGGAAGUCUUGCGUAAGAUUCCAGAUCAAGUCACGUAUUACCUGAGGAACAAAAAUAUCGUCCCUGGUAAUUUCCCCUCACCUCGCCAGUUAUCAGAGCUGCAGAAAAUGAAAGUGGAGUGAAGAGGAUGAAGGAGUCACCAUAAUUAAUACCCAAGAACGGAUAGAUUAUGUAAUUAGGCCUAUCUGACUGUGACCUUGAGUGCUGAGAAAAACAUGCAAAACGAAACCAGUUCACCACUCACAUUAGCCAGCAAAAUUCUCCAAAAUGUUCAUAAAGCAAAGACAAGGUCCUCUGCAGUAUUCCGCUAUCUAAGUUUGAAGUCUCAAUUCAAUUUUUAAAGAAGAUUUUUUUUGGGUCAAUUUUAGGCACAUGAGAGGGUAGUCAA